AUGCACUGCACUGUGGUUAGUGUGGGUGAUGAACGUUUGAGUGAACUUGAUUGCCCACUUCCCUUCGCGCUCCACUUCCCCCCAGGCACACGAGCGGGCCCGACCAAAGUGGUGGAAGCGCUGGAAGGGCAGCACUCGGCCACGGUGGUGUGGCUGCACGGGCUGGGGGACAGCGGCAAUGGCAUCUCGAACUGGCUGAAUAUGCUCCCGUCUCUGUCAACCGCGGCCAUCGCUCCCGUUCCUGUGAGUCCCUCACGUGCCCUUCCUGUGAGUCCCUCACGUGCCCUUCCUGUGAGUCCCUCGCGUGCCCUUCCUGUGAGUCCCUCGCGUGCCCUUCCUGUGAGUCCCUCACGUGCCCUUCCUGUGAGUCCCUCGCGUGCCCUUCCUGUGAGUCCCUCGCGUGCCCUUCCUGUGAGUCCCUCACGUGCCCUUUCUCCGCGCUCCCUUCCAGCACAAAACGCCGUCAGAUCAGAUGUGUCGUAUUAUAGUCGCUACCUGCCCAGUUCUUCUUCUCCCAUCUAUGCCCCUCAUCCCCCUCAUCCAUCUCUCAUCCCCCUCAUCCAUCCCUCAUGGUACAUGCCCUUCUCUCCUCCCCCCCAUCCAGGGUACGACAUCCAUGCUUUCAACGCCGAUGCUCCCGUGGAUGCCGCGGGCCUUGACGAGGCUGCCAGAUACAUUGCUGGGAUUCUCCAGGAGGAGAGAAGGGCGCAUCCUGACGUCACGUAUAUAGUGGGGGGUAUCAGCCAAGGGGGCAGACUCUCCCUCUACCUCAUGUGCCGGAAGGCGCUGGGAAGCUUCGCGAAUGGUUCCGAUGCCUCCACUCUGCCCUUCAUUGCCUCCGUUGGCCUCAGCACGUGGCUGCCCAACUGCAGUCUGAUUCCGGCACCUGGAGAAACGGAUGCAGCUGUUGCAGAGAGAGCUGCGAGGCAUCCUGUAUUCAUGGCACACGGGGAAGUUGACCCCCUCAUUGGCUACGCCUUGGGCAGGGCCAGCUCUGACCUGCUGCGCAAUGCUGGCUUCUCCAACCUCACCUUCAACUCGUAUCCCCUGUAA